AUGCCAAGCCAAAAGCUCCCGUUCCAUAUCGCCAUUGUUGGCGGCGGCAUUGGCGGCCUUUGCGCUGCUCUCUCCAUUUACCAUCACUGCCCCAAAGAUGGAAGUGUCAUCAUCGAUGUAUACGAGCAAGCACCAGAAUACAAGGAGAUUGGGGCUGGCCUGGGCAUUGGGGUAAAUGCUGCAAAGCUUCUUCAUCGCAUCGGUGUGGGGGAAGACCUCAAUAAAAUAUCUGGCCAUCGGAAUGGCAUCUGGAUUUCGUUCCGCCGUUACGACACUGGCAGUGAGAUUGUUACUGUUCCAGUUGACGACCGACAAGAGAUUAGGCAAAGCCCUGUCCAUCGAGCUGAAUUCUUGUCUCUUUUGUUUGACCAUGUGAAGCAACGGAACGCGGCUACUCUUCACAUCAAUAAGAAGUGCUUCGAGCUCAAGGACCAAGGAAACUUUGUCGAGCUAUGUUUUGCCGAUGGGACGACCGCAACAGCGGAUUUGGUCGUUGGAUGUGAUGGAAUCCAUUCCAAUAUUCGCUCUCAGUUUCGCUCUGACAACCCGAAAUACAGUGGCCGUAUGUGCUACCGUGGUCUAGUCCCAAUUAAAGAUCUCGAAUCGUGGUGGCCAUUCAAUUCGUAUUCUGUGAGCUGGCUGGGUCCAGACAAGCACUUUCUGGCCUUUCCUAUCAGCAAAAAUACACUAUUGAACAUUGUGGCUUUCGUCUACUCUGAUGAUGACCGCACCAAGGAGAGCUGGACUGCUACAGGUCACAGAAGCGAAGUUCAGAGAGAGUUUGAAUCUUUCGAUACUACUGUUCGCAAGACUAUAUCAUUUAUGAACGAGAACCCUUCAAAGUGGAUUUUGAACGACCGCGAGCUUUUAGACCAGUGGGUAUACGGGGAUGGCAAAAUAGUGUUGAUGGGAGACGCAGCGCACGCAAUGCUUCCACAUCAAGGAGCCGGUGCUGGUCAAGCCAUCGAGGAUGGGUACAUCCUGGGGAGAGCCAUUGCGGACUAUCUUGCCGCGUCUCCCGACAGAGACACCCAUGCGCUUCAAAGAUGGAUGCAGCUCUACCAAGACGUCCGUCUUCCUCGCGCCCAGAAGGCUCAGGCAACUGCUCGCCAAGCUGGAGAAGUCUACGAGAUGCAGACACCAGAGAUGAAGGGGAAAGCCUACGAAGAAUGUCUACCACUUGUGCGCGACAGCUUGAAGGAUCGCAUGCAGUGGAUAUGGACUGGAGACAUUGAAGCUGAAUAUGCAGCGAAGCAACAACUUGUAGUGGAUCAAAACAACAGUGAAAGGUAUAUAGAUACCAAGAUGAUAAACUCUCUAACGGAGCGUGCCGUGUUGGUUGGGCAAGAAUAG